UUAGCUGCCGCCAGUCGUCCCGCCGCUUGCGGUUUCCCUCCGCCGUCGGACGCCAGGCUUCGCUGCCGCAGACUCUUGGAACCCUAACCACACGGAUGGAAAAGCUCCCAUAUUUGCGUCCGCCGGAGGGCCAGCAGGCCGAUGAUUUGAUCAAGACCGUCUCUUCCAUCCUCCUCGCCGCCCAGAGCCCUUCCGGCCCUCCCCUCGACGAAGCCCUCGCCCCCUUCAUCCCCCGCCUCUCCCCUUCCCUCGCCGCGCCCAUACUCUCCGCUGCCGCUGCCUCCCCCUCCUUCUCCUCACCCGCCCCGCUCCUCUCCUUCUACCACCUCCUCCGACGCAGCUUCCCUUCCCCCUCCGGCGACCCCUCAAUCGCCGCCGAGGAGUUUCUACCCUCCCUCCUCGCUCUCCUCCCUCCCCUUCUUUGGUUCAAGAAGUUCGCUGAUGUCAAGUCCCUCCUCCUCUCCUUCAUCCCCCUCGACCGCCGCCGCCUCCUUCACCGCCACCUCCUCCACGGCAGCCCGCAGCCGUCAAAGUCCCUCCUUGACACCGCCGUUGCAUCCUAUGCUGACCUCCGCCAGUACCAUCUCGCCUACCAGGUUUUCCUGGUCAUGCGCCGCCGUCGCCUCCGCCCCUCCCUGUUUACCUCCAACUCUCUCCUCUCCUCCCUUGUCCGCUCCCCUACAAUCUCGUCCUCCCUUCCAUUGUCUAUCUUCCACGACAUGGUCGCCCUCGGCGUCUCCCCCAAUGUCAACACCUUCAACAUCCUUAUUCAUGGCCUCUGCUCCCGUGCCCAAUUCACCGACGCACUUGCCCUUUUCCCCACGAUGGCUGGGUUCGGCUGCACGCCGGAUACUAUCACCUACAACACCAUCCUUGACGGCUAUUGCAAGAAGGGCAUGCUGAAAGAAGCACGCGACCUGCUUGCUGAAAUGAAAGCGAAGGACGUCCCUCCUAAUCGGUCCACCUAUAACACCCUCGUUGCUGCCUACUGCCGCCUUGGAUGGUUGAAGGAGGCCACCAUGGCAAUCGAGUUAAUGACCGCAUCAAACUUCCUCCCUGACUUGUGGACCUAUAACAUGCUUGUUGCUGGGCUGUGCCGUGAUGGCCGGAUCGACGAAGCUUUCAGGCUAAAGGAUGAGAUGGAGAAACUUUGCUUGUCCCCUGAUGUCAUCACGUAUAAUACACUUAUCAACGGGUGCUUCCAGUGGAGGAGUGGAUCCGAUGCUUAUCAUGUACUGGGGGAGAUGCAACAGAAGGGCGUGAAACCAAAUUUGGUCACACAUAACAUUAUGGUUAAAGGAUUGUGCAGGGAAGGGAAGAUGGAGGAGGCUGUUGCAUCACUUAGAAAGAUGGAGGAGGAGGGAUUGUCACCGGAUCUCAUCACCUACAAUACUUUGAUCAGUAGUUACUGUAAAGCAUCGGAGAUGGGGAAAGCUUUUGACUUGAUGGAUGAGAUGGUGGGGAGAGGUCUCAAGAUGGAUACUUUUACUCUCAACACUGUUCUUCAUAAUCUAUGUAAAGAGAAGAGGUUUGACGAAGCAUGCAAACUGCUCCAUAGUCCACCAAUGCGGGGUUUUGUGCCUGAUGAAAUUAGCUACGGUACAGUGAUCAGUGCCUACUUUAAGGAUGAGAAACUCGAUGAUGCAAUGAAGCUGUUGGAAGAGAUGAAUGAGAAAAAGAUUAUGCCGGGUGUCACAACCUAUAACACGGUUAUUGGUGGACUGUGCAGGUCAGGUAGGACAGAACAAGCAAUUAAGAUGUUGAAUAAGCUGGUGGAGAGUGGACUGGUGCCAGAUGAGACUACAUACAACACUAUCAUCAAUGGAUUUUGUAGGGAGGGUGAUUUGGAGAAAGCUUUCCAGUUUCAUAAUCAGAUGGUCAACGAUUCGUUCAAGCCGAACGUAAUUACUUGUAACAUUCUUAUGAAUGGGCUGUGUAAUGAUGGUCAGGUGGAGAAGGCUCUCAGAUUUUUUGAGUCAUGGGUGUCAAAAGGGAAGAAGGUUGAUGUCAUUACAUACAAUACCCUAAUUAAAGGGCUUUGCAAGGAAGGCAAAGUUGAUGCAGCAAUGGAACUUUUUGCUGACAUGGAGGAGAAGGGACUGCAGUCUGAUGCUUAUUCUUACAAUGUGGUCCUAUGUGCACUCUCUGAAGCAGGAAGAUCAGAAGAAGCACAGAAUACACUGUCAAAGAUGGUUGAGAAGGGAAUACUGCCAGAACAAUUUACAUUCCCAUUAUCAUCAGAAGUCUCUUCUAUAAUGGGGACAGGCAAGGAACAAGAGAUGACACCAAAUGUAUUUAGGGAAGAGGAUUCAAAAGGUAGUAGCGACACUAGCUACACACAGCACAUUAAGGAGCUCUGCAAUAGUGGGAAGUUUAAAGAAGCUAAGCUUGUUUUAGACGAAAUGAUGCAAACAGGUGUACCUGUCAAUAGUUUGACAUACAUCACGUUGAUGGAGGGAUUCAUAAAGAGGCAAAAAAGACUAACCAAAGCUGCUGUAUAAAGAUUCUUUGGCACUAUGCUUUCUCUAUGGUGUUUGCAGUCAGUGGAAAACUGCAGAAUAUUGUCAUGCCUUAGAACAUCAACCUGUUUUGUAUCGGAUAAAAGCUUGAAGAUGUGAAAGUUUGAAACAAUGAUGAAUUGUUGAACAAGUUGAGGUAUGGACCUAUUGAUGCAGCCUAGACUUCAAUCGGUUUCAGGUUUGAAUGUUAGGUCAUCAAAUCAGGUUUUCUUUCUUACAAAGGCAUGCAAGGCAUCUCAUUGGAAUAGUUCUCUUUGUUGGGACUCACUCGAUCGUUUACCACCUCGACUUGUACUCAAUGAUGGUCACAGUGAAGCAAGAGGGUGAUGGCACAACCAUAGGGCAAUUCUGUCCUUCGCUGCUGCAUGGAGACUGAUACAUCAGGAAGGUGCUACCAUCCUUUUCGUUUUGCAUAUCUGCAUAGAUGUAUCUUUUUGUAUGACUGAGGUUUUUUAAUUGAUUGAGGACAGUUCAAAUUUGCUUACUGGAUGAUUAAUGCGAGUUUUUCAUGUUGUUUAUUCAUCCGGUUGAUGUUUUCCACUUGGUGAGUGCUCCAUUGAUCCUUUGUGAAUGGUUGUAGGGAUAGGCAGUAUUAUCCAUGGUUGUAUUUUUUUGAUCUGCAGCCAUAAGAAUUUGAAUUGGAAGAUACAUCUUUUUGUGAGGUUUUUGCAUCAAAAUCUUCCACUGUGUGUUUCCAUUUUUUGAUAUAUAUGCUUUAACUGUUCAUGAUCUUAGAAACUAUUUUGUUCUGCCUACUACUUCUGGUAUGUGAUAGACACUUGUAUCAGUUCUGUCUAGAUUACUGUGCUAGUCCAAAAAUCAUUUGCAGAGCAACAAAAUGUGUAACAGGAAUCUCAUCCUUCAAUGAUUGAUUUUUAUAUAUUAGUCCUUGAAUGAAAGCUUUAGCAGAAAGAUCUUGAAAUAAUAUUGGAAUUACAUAAUCCUUCUUUGGCACAGAAUUUGCUCACACAGUUCUUGUUCAAGCUUGUAGUUAAUGAUGAUCAACUAUCAAUCAAACUGGUUUUUUAUUGCACUGAUUUUGGUCUUUCCAAUGGCUCCGACAGAAUUCCAUCCAACCGUUCUACCAAUCUAAGAGAAGCUCACCUCUUAAUAGAACUUGGCGGAUCCAGAAGAUUGGGCAGUCAGGAUUGGGCUUGAUCUGCUCUGGCAUGGAUGAAGUCAUUGGAUGCCUUGAAGGCCACUGCAACGAUGUUAUGUGAAUUAUGUCAUUGGAUGUUAUGUCAUUGGAUGCCUUGGAUGCCUUCAUUAUCCUGCGACUUAGCUGAAACAAAACAUGAAUAUUAAUUGGCAGAGGAAACUGCAAAUGAUGGCAGCAGACAAAUGUUGCAUCAGUAUGAUAAUACUUGAGAAAGUUUUUACCAUUCAAGCUGCAAAUAAACCUCACAAGAGGAAGAGUUUGAGGCUCUGCCAGAGUGGAUAGAAUCUCCGAAUUAUGACAUAAUUAUUUUGUAUGACAGUAAUACCAGAAUUCUUUGACCCAUUGUUAUGUGCCAUGAUAUUUGAA